ACCGGUCCGUCAUGGUGAAGAGAGAGUUGAGCCGAAAGGUGAAGCUAUCAAUUUACUGGUCAAUCUACGCCCCAACCCUCAAAUGAGCUUCCUUCGCAGGGUGGCUGGGCUCAGCCUUAGAGAUAGGGUGAGGAGCUCGUACAUUCAGGAGGGUUCGGGGCUCGAAGUAGAGUCGAUGCUCCUCUGCAUCGAAAGGAGCCAGUUGAGGUGGUUCAGGUAUCUGGCUAGAAUGCCUCCUGGACGCCUCCCUAGGAAGGUGUUUCGGGCAUGUCCAAUGGGGAGAAGACCCUGGGGCAGACCAAGGAAUACAUGGACAGAUUAUAUCUCUCGUCUGGCCUGGGAAUGCCUGGGUAUCCCCAUGGAGGAGCUGGUGGAGGUGGCUAGGGAGAGGGAGGUCUGGGCAUCUCUGCUUAGACUGCUGCCCCUGCGACCUGGCUCCAGAUAAGCGAAAGAAAAUGGAUAGAUGGAUGGAUGGAUGUCUGUCCUCUAACCCACACUAUAACUAUGUUUCUUGGAUUGCUCAUAAUAAAUAUCACACUAAGAUUACGCACCUGUGUCUUCUCUCGUCAACCCACAACCCUCUACUCUAACAUUCUAUAUAUUACUGAAACCUGAAGAUGUUGAUGCUUUAGUACCUAGAAUGGCAGUGAAAUUCAAUUCUCCUGCCGGGUGCUCUCUCCUCUACAUAAGUGAAUGGGUAUAAAGCCUCAAGGAAAGCUAAUGCAAACCUGUAAUGUUACACUUCAGUCCUCUCACUGACUAAACACAUGAUCAAGUUACCUACCGAGCCACCUUCAUCUCUAACAGUAUGGGAAGAUGUGCGUAGUAUCCUAAACAACAAACACUGUACAUCAAAAUGAGUCACAAAAUUUUGUAUCAAUCACACAGUUACACAAUCCACCGCCACUUUUAAAAGUAAGUUACUUGGAUUAUUUAAGCGCUUUAACACUUUAAGCACCUUAAAAGAUGUUUCGGAAAGGAAAGCUAGUUAGUGAACUUUGAGUGUCCAGAUGAGGAGGUGAGAGAGAAAGCUGGACAGACUAAUGGAAUAAAGCGCCACUGCAUCACUGUCUUUAGGUGGAGAUUUAGCAAGGAAUAAAUCCUAAACCCCACUAGCAUCACGAUCAACAGGCAGUUGAACAGCAUUCUGAGUGAUGAAGGAAAAUACAGUAUAAACUAAACUGUUGAUUUAAAUAGUCUAAACAAAAAAAUUCAGACUUCAUUGAUAGAUCUCAUCUAUCUAGAUGUCAUCUAUCGCACAUCGCACAUUGUACAGUUAUACAGUGGUCCACUAACUACUUCUCUCUCUCAAACGUACAUAUUUACAAAGAUAACACAUUAAUCUCUAUCAUAAGCUACUUCAAGAGAAUUAUUCACAUCCUGUACAUUCUUGCUGACUAUAAACAGACUGCUUUAAAUAACACAUCUCUCAAACAAUUCCGUCAAUCUCAUCUUCUAAAAGUCUGAAAAAUAUUACAUGAAAUACAAUACGUAAACCCAGUGAACCCAACCAUUUGCAAACACUAGUUUUGGUACACAGUGUUCAGUGCCCUUGUGUACAUAGAAACAAAGUAUUGAUGUAUUUUGGCCAUAACAGUGAGUGUGCUUUCGACUACAUCUCCUGAGUUUGAUAAGCUGCAGUGCGACGCACAAUCCCAGUCCUCUCAUUAGACACAAUUAAACCACUAUGGCAAGUCAGAGACCCCCAUCAGGCAGGCCCAUGAGCCGGAGUUCUUUAGUCCCGGGGACUGCAAGACCACCAACUGGAGUCAGACCUCCGCAGACAGCGAUCAGAGUGGGAACAGGGAUGGUGCCAGGUACUGGACGUCCAGGGACCAGGGCUGGGCCCAUUGCCAGCCCGGGUGUGUUAUCAGCUCAGAUUAAAGUGACCGAUCGUCCUGUCACUCAGCAGGGUCUCAGUGGAAUGAAGACCGGCGGGAAAGGACCCCAGAGACAAAUCCUGGAUAAGUCCUACUACCUUGGUUUACUCCGGAGUAAAAUAAAUGAGCUUACAACAGAGAACAGCAAACUACAGAAAGAGAUUGACGUCUUCAACCAGGAGAACUCGGUUUACCUGUCGUAUGAAAAAAGAGCCGAGAGCCUUGCUGGGGAAAUAAAGGAGCUACAGGGGCAACUAGCGGACUACAACAUGCUGGUUGACAAACUGAACACCAACACAGAAAUGGAUGAAGUAAUGAAUGAAAUCAGCAUGCUGAAAGUACAGAAUGACCGAGAAGCCCAAAGCAUAGACGCCAUAUUCACAGAGAGAAGAGAGAAGGAGGAUUUGAUCCAUGCUAUAGAGGAAGAGAUUGAAAGGGAGAAGCAGGCAGCAGAUGACAUAGUGAAAAAAAUGCCCCCAGAGAAACAAGCCAAGUAUGCCGAGAUGAAAGCCGUCAACGAGGAGCUGCUACAGGAACUGGCAGCUCGUCAGGACGAGCUGGACGCACUGAUGACCAGGAAGGAAACAUUUGAGGCUGAGUUGGAGCACUCCCAGGUCAAGCAGGAGGCCGUGGUGCUGUAUGAGCGGCUGCAUGAACUGGAGCUGCGCCGAGACGCCCUGCAGGCUGAAGACAAGAGCAUGAUCUCUCCACAGGAAGAAAGAGAACGUCUGCUGAAACAGGUGAAAGAAGAUAAUCAGGAAAUUGCCAGCAUGGAGCGGCAACUGACUGAAACGCGGGAAAAAAUAAACCGCCUCACAGAAGAGUUGCGACAACUUGACAUGGACAUGGAGGACCAUCAAGGUGAACGAACUCAAAAAUACAAAGAGCUGCAGAAAAAAGAAGAGGAAAUCGACACUUACCUGGAGGCAUUUGACACAAACCGAGCUCAGGAGAUGGAGCACAUUCAGGACACUCAGGCCAGCAUCGUGGCUCUGCUGGAGCAGUGUAGCAGGAUGAUGAAUCGUAUGAAUCAGCUUUCAGCCGUCAGUCCCCAUGAGCUCAAGUCCAUGCAGGAAGACCUCAGCUUUAAAGAGACAGAGAUGCAGAAAUCUCAGAGUACAGCCAAGGGACUGUCUUCUGAGUGUGAGCGUCUGCAGCAGGACCUGCUGAAUGUAGAGCGACUGGAAGGGAAAGUGCAGACAGAGAUGAACUCUCUGCAAGAAAAGAUCCAGGUGAUGACUGAAGGACUGAAGACGUACAGGGACCUGGAUGCCCUGAAAGCCUCCGGAGAGAAGAAGAUGAAGAUGUUGCAGGAAGAACGAGUGUCUCUAACAGAGAGGAGAGAUGCCUUUAAGAAGAUCAAUCACAAGAUGAAUCAGGAAUACGAGACUCUUGCAGCACAGUUACAGGAGAACGAGACUCACGCACAGCUGACAAAUCUGGAAAGGAAGUGGCAACACCUUGAACAGAACAACUUUGUUAUGAAAGAAUUCAUCGCUUCUAAAGGCAUGGAGAGCGAUUACCGGCCCGUGAAGAAGAAUGUCACCAAACAGCUGUCUGAAUACAAUAAGAUCCUUAUGGAUGCUUUGCAGAGCCCCAAAAACUGAGCACCGCUUCCUGCCUCCCUCGACCGCCAUUACGGCUCUGCGACUUCAUCACUGACUCACUUCCCGUGCAGGACUGCUCUCCUACUCAACAUUCCAAAGGCAUGGCGCACGUGCCGUAGAGAUUAGAGACGUUCCCAGUGGUAAAAAACACACUCUGUCUUUCUCAGCUUUAUCUGUGACAGCUCUUUGAUGGUGAGUACAUGGACGUGGAGGCGUAGAGAAGAAUUAAGAAUAUAUGAAUCUGAAUCAACUGUAUGGAUAUUUAUACUGGAAUAUUUCUAUUAAUAAUUAGUAGAUGAUCUUUCUAACUUAAAUAAAUCCAGCUAUUAACCA